AUCAGAGCGUGUUCUGUGCGUGCCAAUUUGGUCGGGGCCAGAAACUUCUCCACCGGGGGCAGAUUAAUGAAUGAAAGUCUCGGAAAAUCAACAUGCAAAGCUGGUACGAUACUUAAUCUUAAGAUUAGAAAAGCAGGAGAUGAACCAGUGGCGUUAGAAGAUUCAGAAUACCCUGAGUGGCUAUGGGACAGUCUUAAUAAAGAGAAGAUGGAUGAAGAUUUCAAAAAAGUUGAUUUUAUGAGAUGGAGGAAAAGACAAAUAGGAAAGCAAAACGCUUCCAGAAUUAAGAAUAAUAAUUUCUUAUCCCAAGUAUGAUUAGUUUCUUGUAUAUAUUUAGGCCCAAGGGGGUCAAUAGCAUGUUUUAUAUUCGA